UCAGAGCCAGUAGCCAAUUCACACUGUCUCUCUCCCCUCAUUCAGUGCCUGGCUCACUCUCUCCGCGCUCAACACGCGCUGCUCAUCGCCUCCUCGCUGCAUCUGUCCUCCUCUCUCUGACAUGAUGCACCAUGCAUCCUCCUCUCUCCUCCUCCUCCUCCUCCUCCAUUACAUUUCCAGACUCCCUUCAUCAAACAGGGCAUUCUUGCUGCAAAGCCGGUGACCGUAGCAUCUGUGUUACUUCCAUGCGGACUUUGGAGACAGUGCAAGGCUGUUUGCCCAGUCUGAGGACAGCUGCUGGAAACGCUGCUGCUGCUGCCACUGCUGCUGCUGCUGCUGCUUCUGUCGGGAUGCAGAUCUUUGCAGGACCUCUGCUUGCUGCGUGAAGACCGCCUGAUUCCUCUAAAAGUUGCUGGAAGACACGCACCAGUCAAGAAUCUCCUCCUGCCUCAUCGUUGUUUCUCAGAGAGCGCUGACAUCUCACUGAGUGUGGUGUCAGACCAGCUCCUCGUCUCGACACACUGACCAGGACUGCACUGCUGCUAUGUCCAGUUUCGACAUAACCUCAACUUGAGAUUCUUCUUCCUUGAGAAAACCGAACUAUCUCACGCUCCCAUCAUUCCUGCCUGUGAUGGGAAUCUCCACAUGAGAUUCAGCAGCACCAGCUCUAGUGGCCCUAGCCAACAGCCAUGCAGGUGUCCUUUGCGUGUACGGACCACGGGCUGAAGGCCCCACGAAACGGCGAGCACAGCAAGCAGAACGCCACCAGCCCCAAUACAGCCAGCCAGGCCCGCGCCCGCUUCCGCACCGUGGCCCUGAUAGCUCGCAGCCUGGGCUCCUUCACCCACCGCUACCACCACAACCUCAAGGAGUCCACCGCCAAGCUCACCGGCAUGAAGUAUCGGAACCUGGGGAAGUCUGGAUUGCGUGUCUCUUGUCUGGGGCUCGGCACAUGGGUGACAUUUGGAGGACAGAUCUCUGACGAGGUGGCAGAGCAGCUGAUGACCAUCGCCUAUGAGAGCGGGGUCAACCUGUUCGACACAGCGGAGGUCUACUCUGGGGGGAAAGCAGAGAUAAUCCUGGGAAACAUCAUCAAGAAAAAGUGCUGGAGGAGAUCCAGCCUGGUGAUCACCACAAAGCUCUACUGGGGAGGAAAAGCAGAGACAGAGAGAGGCCUCAACAGAAAACACAUCAUUGAAGGUUUGAGGGGCUCCCUCCAGAGGAUGCAACUUGAGUAUGUGGAUGUGGUUUUUGCCAACCGGCCAGACAGCAACACUCCCAUGGAGGAGAUAGUGAGAGCAAUGACACAUGUGAUCAACCAGGGGAUGUCCAUGUACUGGGGGACAUCACGGUGGUCGGCCAUGGAGAUUAUGGAGGCUUACUCAGUGGCCAGACAGUUUAAUCUAAUUCCACCUGUAUGUGAGCAGGCUGAGUAUCAUUUCUACCAGAGGGAGAAAGUGGAAACUCAGCUACCGGAGCUCUACCAUAAGAUAGGUGUGGGUGUUGUCUCUUGGUCCCCUCUGGCCUGUGGAAUCAUCACUGGAAAGUAUGAAAAUGGUAUCCCAGAAUCCUCCAGGGCCUCAAUGAAGCCAUACCAGUGGUUGAGGGAGAAAAUAAUGAGUGAAGAUGGGAGAAAACAACAAGCCAAGCUUAAGGACCUGACUCAUAUCGCGGAGAAGCUUGGAUGUACAUUGCCACAGCUAGCCAUAGCCUGGUGCCUGAGGAACGAGGGAGUGAGCUCAGUGCUGCUGGGAUCCUCUAACCCGCGUCAACUAACGGAGAAUCUGGGAGCAAUUCAAGUGAUUCCAAAGAUGACAGCAGGCAUUGCCUCGGAGGUUGAUCAUAUUCUGGGAAAUCGUCCUCACAGUAAAAAGGACUACCACCAUUAAGAUGAAGCCCCUUUUAGUGAACUAUGCUCCAAAAGCUUAUCAAAGCUCACUUUUCACAGCCAUGGCACCAUAAAUGCGUGUCCAACUUUGCUUGUGUGCACGUAUGACUGUGUGUGUGCGUGGGCGUGUGUGUGUGUGACUGUAUAUAGUGUUCUGCUUGGCUCCUUAUCUGUAUGAAGAUCCACCAGUGUUCAUUAAUUUAACGUGAGUUACUUGACUAAGCAUGCAUGCUGCGCUAUUGCAGCCAGCCUCCAGACUUAGUCUGAACAACAGUAAAAGGAUCCAGCAGAGUGAUUUGUGGAUUGAACUUCUCCUCCACUCCUCCAUAAACAUGUGCAAAAGCUGCUGAACCACAAAUUCAAAGAAGCAAAUGGUUAAAUUACUGAGGAAUAAAUCUUGCUUGUAUUACUUCUGUGAAUAUGGAUGUUGAUGCAUUUAAGUAUAUAAAAAACUUUACUCUUACUGCUGCAAAAACCAUUGCAUAAGCUCAUGACACAACAACAAAAAAGAUCAUCUCUAUCAAAAUGUACCUAGUGUUCCAGAAGUGUACCUUUCUGUUUGUGAUGUGAAGAAAAAACAAACAAACAAUGAUGAUGUGUGUAAUUGGGCCUGGUCUCAGCAGACUGGAGGAUAUUCUGACACUCUCCACUGCAGCUGGUGCUUGCCUGUCAACGUGAUGAAUCGUAUACAACAGUUUCAAGUCUGGAUAAACUGAAAUUCUGCUCACAAUGUUGUCGCCUACACAACGAGAGGAAAGUUAAGCUAAAAUAUGAUUGAAAUCAUUUGCACCGACUGUUAUCUAUUUUCCUGAUGAAGCAGCUAUGUCCGAAUGAGCAUUUCAUCUCAUUGUUUUUUUUUUCCCAAUCUUGCAUAAGUACAGCAAAGUGUACUGUGCUUUCCUGUUGUGACCCAAUGACCACUUUUAUUUUGGACUUUGCUGGACCCUAUGUCAGUGAUGAAUAUGUCUGAUUCAUUUAAAUUCACUCUUUGUUGUAGCUACAAUGUUUCCUACAACCUCACAGUUGAGGAAAUUAUCCUACCAAAUGGAGCUUGUGUAGCUAAUGAAGAGGCUCAGUAACCCCCCCCCCCAGACAAAUGAACCUGGACCCCUGCAGUCAUUGAACCUGGAACACAAUAAAUUCCUACCCAACUUCUACCAGUUGCCAGUUUUACAUAAUGAGAUUAUCUUUGUGUUCAAUCUGUUUAUACAUGUGAUUUUGGUGCUGUUCAUCAGAUGUGUACAUACAAAUAAACAGCUUAUGAGUUUUAAAAAUCGAUCGUAAUUUUAUAAUAAUUCUAUGGGUGCCUUCUUUUUUUCUAAACCCAGUACAAUUAAUUAAAUAUUAUAGCCUAUUGUUUUCUAAUAAGACUGUAGACCACAGUAAAAGUAUUUUUAAAGAAAACAUUUGGUGUAGUCACUGCUGUUUGCUGCUGGGUUUGGUUGUGUUUUGUUGUUUCACAAUAAAGUAAUGGGUGAGUUAUUGAUAUGAAAUAUGC